AUGGCAGCAGGAGGCAGCCGAAAACAGCUCGCAACGCCUCCAGAUAGCCAAGAACUUUCGCUGACAAAAAGCUACAGAAGUGCGGCGACAUGGUUGGAGUGUGCGGCAUCAGAGUGUAGCAACACAACAGGAAUCGCAGUUGAGAAGGUGCUACGUUUCGCAGAGCAUUGUCUUAGCCACCUGGAACACAUACUGGUUCAUGAAACUCAUCCAGUUAAGAAAGCGGCUGCCUUGCAGUUGACUGAUUCUGUCAAGUUAAUAGCAGUCGGACUGGAGGGAAAGUUUCAGAGGUUGACUGCUGACCGUAAUGCUAAACAACGUUACACUGAUGAUUACCAUGUACAAGUGAAAGAGCCUGAGAAGGAACCAGAAAAAGAUCAGCAUCAGAAAGCUGACAACUGCACAAUCACGAGCCGGCAGCUAACGGUAGCGGCAACUAUCAUGCCUGAAGGCAACAUUCAAUUUGCAGAUGUAGCUGGUCUUGAAGACGCUAAAGCAGUCCUCAAAGAGGCUGUUGUUCUUCCUGUGCAAUUUCCUCAUCUCUUCCAAGGAGGAAGAAAGCCAUGGCGAAGAAUCCUUCUGUACGGACCACCAGGAACGGGCAAAACAAGACUCGGACAAGCGGUGUCUUCAGAAAUUGACUCAACGUUCUACUGUGUGUCAAGUUCCGAUCUUGUCUCCAGUUGGGUUGGUGAGAGCGAAAAACUAAUCAAAGAGCUGUUCCAGCAAGCUCGCAGAGUAGAUCAACAAGCGGUGAUUUUCAUUGACGAAAUUGACAGCAUCUGCAGAAAGAGAUCAGCAAAAGAAGAGGAGCACACUCGCAGAAUAAAGACUGAACUUCUACGUCAAAUGGAGGGUGUAGACAAUGAUGGCAGUGGUGAUAGUUUCUUCUUGUUGUGCGCCACCAACUGCCCUUGGGAACUCGACAGCGCUUUCCUAAGAAGAUUUGAGAAGAGAAUAUACAUCCCACUACCAGAUAAAUUGGCCAGGAUUGCACUCCUCAAAGGACGCGUCAAAACUACGUCUUGUGAUAUGAGCGAGCAAGACUGGGAAGACCUAGGAAGCAUCACGGACGGAUUCUCGGGUAGUGACUUGGCAACGUGCUGCGAUGAUGCCAUCUACGAGCCAGUGCGAGAGCUGACAAAAGUGAGUCAUUGGAGAAUAACGGGAGAUAUCGUUCUGCCGUCGUCACAGACAGACUGUAACUCCGUACCUCUUUGUGAUGUCCCAUCCAACCAGGUUCAAGUAAGACCAGUCUGUAAAACAGACUUCUUAAAGGCCAUUUCCAGGAACAGGCCUACAGUCACCACAGAAGAUCUCAUACAGUAUGAGACUUUCACCCAGAGUUUCGGGCACAAAGGUUAGCC